UGGAGGUCUUGGCUUCAAAUGCUAACUGGCAUGGAUACUACUUGUUCAGGACAUACACAUGUGGCAGAAGCACUGAAAGUACCGCUCCAUAUAUUUUUUACUAUGCCAUGGACGCCAACCAAUGACUUUCCACAUCCUUUAUCUCGUGUCAAACAACAAGCUGGGUAUAGGCUGUCAUACCAUAUUGUUGACUCAUUAAUAUGGCUUGGAAUACGAGACAUGAUAAAUGAAUUCCGGAAGAAAAAGCUGAAGUUAAGACCUGUCACAUAUUUAAGUGGUGCCCAAGGGUCUGCCUCUGAUGUGCCUUAUGGAUACAUUUGGAGUCCUCACCUUGUCCCCAAACCGAAAGACUGGGGGCCGAAGAUUGAUGUUGUUGGUUUUUGCUUCCUUGACCUUGCUUCAAAUUAUGUGCCUCCAGAAGCACUAGUGAAAUGGCUUGAAGCAGGUGACAAGCCUAUCUAUAUUGGAUUUGGUAGCCUUCCUGUUCAACAACCAGAGAAAAUGACACAAAUAAUUGUGGAGGCACUGAAAAGUACUGGACAGAGAGGCAUCAUUAACAAAGGGUGGGGUGGUCUUGGAAACUUGGCAGAGCCACCUGAUUUUGUGUAUCUACUGGACAACUGCCCUCAUGACUGGCUAUUUUUAAGGUGCAAAGCAGUGGUUCAUCAUGGGGGUGCAGGAACAACAGCUGCUGGCCUUAAAGCUGCGUGCCCAACCGCUGUUGUACCUUUCUUUGGCGACCAACCUUUCUGGGGAGAACGAGUGCAUGCUAGAGGAGUAGGUCCUGCUCCUAUACCAGUUGAUGAGUUCUCACUUGAGAAGCUGGUUGGUGCAAUAAAUUACAUGCUAGACCCCAAGGUGAAGCAGUCAGCUGUAGAACUGGCCAAGGCUAUGGAAACUGAGGAUGGAGUGACAGGAGCGGUAAAAGCCUUCUUUAAACAUCUUCCUCCCAGGAAGUCUGAACCAGAGCCAUCCCCAGCACCGCCGGGUUUCUUUGAACAAUAUGUUGGCUCUGUAAGAAGAUGUUUUGGGUGUUCUUGAAUUGCAAGUUUAUUAUGCUUUUGUCCCUUUAUGUAUUUGUAUUGUCUACAGCGUACUAAUCUUUGAUCAUGCUUUUGUCCCUUUAUGUAUUUGUAUUGACUACAGCGUACUAAUCUUUGAUCUCCCAAAAUUAGUUUUUCUUUUGAG